AAAAAAGUUUGUAUAAAAACUCAACAUAAAUUUUACAGUGGCAUCAGUUACUCAAACCUAGUUCACAACAGAACAACCAACAAGCUUCAAAAUGUUCAAGUUCGCUGCCCUCACUCUGCUCGUGAUUGCCGUUGCCAUCAACGCCGCUCCCCAGCUGCCAGAGAUGCCGGAGAUGCCCUCGACCCCGGAAAUGCCCUCGACGCCGGAGAUGCCAGAAAUGCCCGCCACCCCCGAGAUGCCCGCCACGCCGGAGAUGCCCGCCGGAAGCGAGAUGCCCUCGAUGGAGAACGCCACCAUUCCGAACCUGCCAAACCGCAUCUCGAACCGAAUCUCGAACCGGGUUAACAGUCGCAACUGAGCGUUGCCUGAAGAGGAUGAUGCCGGAAAUGGGUGGAUGUUGGCCUUGAGUGAAGCGUGAUGUAC